AACCUAAGGAGAACCUAAGGAGAACCUAAGAAGAGUUCAUAUAUAAAUAUCGAGUAUGUUCGCGUCUAUUCCUCCAAAUGUCCGUCAUAAACUAGCAUCGAAGUCCUCGAAAAAGCUACUCAGCCCAUCUCAUAAAUCGUAUCGCCUUUCCACUGAGUCUAAUCGGCAACUGAGAUAUUCAUACAAAUUUGUGUUGAUCCACGACUCAUUGCAGACUUGCCUACUCUUUCAAAAACUAUCAAACUCAUAAAACCCAUCACAUAACGCACCAUGAGCUCCACCAUCUCCCUCCUAUCCAGCGGCGCCCGCGUAGUCGUCACAACCCACGCCGCAGACGGCACAUCCAUAUUCCACUCCGACCAAGUCCUCGAGCCCUUCUCGCCCUUCGGGCCAAGCGGGAGUUCCUUCACCAUCUUCGACGCGCGGCCCUCAGUUCCCGUCGACAACCUCGCGGCGCCCGCCGCCGCCGACCUGCGGAAGACGCUGCCACGCGUGCCGGCCACGGGCGUCAACUUCUGCAUCACGAACAUCGCGCCGCGGUACAGCGUGCCCAUGCACCGCACGCUGAGCCUCGACUACGCCAUCGUGCUGGCCGGCGAGAUCGUGCUCGCGCUCGACGGCGGCGACGAGAAGACCGUGAGGGCGGGCGAGUUUAUUGUUCAGCAGGGCGUUAAUCAUGCUUGGCAUAAUCGCACGGACGACGUGUGCCGCAUUGCGUUCGUGGGCGUGGGGUCUGAGAAGAUUAGGCUGGCGAGCGGGGAGGAGUUGGGCGAGACGGUUAUUAAGGGCCCUGGUAAAUAGCGUGUCGUGUUGUAAUUUUAAGCAUGUA